CCUCGCCGCCCGCAAAAAAAACAGUCUCUGAUUUUUAGCUGCACUGGCUACCGCGUACGAUGUUCCCGUCCAAGUUCAUGGCUGAGCACAUCCACCACAUGAUGAACUCCUCGGGUGGUCAUGAGGGGCAUCACACAGCGGAUCACGCCAGUGAGAACCACCACAUGGACAGGGGCGCAAUGGCGCACGGUACGAUGGACCACAAUGCGAUGGGACACGGGGGGAUGGACCAUGCAUCCAUGGGCCACUCGGUUGAAGCGACUGCUUCUGCUUGCAGUGGGAGCGGACAUGGGUUGCAUGGCAUGAUGUCGAUGGCUUUCCACGGUGGCUACUGUGAGACAGUCCUCUUCGACAUGUGGAAAAUCUCCUCGAUAGGUGGACUCAUCGGCUCGAUGAUCGGAAUUAUAAUCAUGGCGGCUUUAUACGAAGGGCUCAAAUACUACCGUGAGUACCUCUUCUGGAAGACGUACAACGCCCUCCAGUACAGGAGUGUCUCAAUGCCAGCUGAGAAGAACGUCGUGGCUGAGGAUAAUCGCGUCGUCCACAUGGUCGGCGAAGUUAUCCAUAAACAACCACCUACGAUGAUCUCGCAGAUGCAUUUCUUCCAAACAUUUCUACAUAUCGUACAAAUAGUUCUGUCGUACUUCCUCAUGCUGAUCUUCAUGACGUACAACACGUGGCUCUGCUCAGCAGUGGUUCUGGGUGCAGCCAUUGGCUAUUUCCUCUUUGGCUGGAAGAAAUCAGUGAUUGUGGACGUGACAGAGCACUGUCAUUAAUUAAGUCUCGGUGAUACCAUCGCACACAACUCAUUAGGCUCAUUUAAAUGUCCUGGAUGUCUCAAAUAAUACGAAGAAAAGACUCAUCUCCAGUUGAUUGCCCACGAGGCAAUAAACGAAUAUUUUAAUGAAUGAGGAUGACGUCUCAGUGGCACCUGGCCCAUGGGACUCACCAAAAUUAUUAAUAUAUUUUUUUAAAUAAUAAUUAAUCAAUUGAUACCAUCAAACCAAUAUUAAGCAGUAUUUUUACACAUCAAUUAGCAGACUCAUGCAAUUGUUAUUUUCCACUUUUUAAGUUUAAAAUUGAGGAGUGAAGGGGUAAUUGUCAUUUUUAUUGGAGCUAAUGAUUAAUUUUAUGAGGGCCGGAAUCUUAUAAAGUUGAAAUUUUUAGUGAUAAAACGAAUUAUGUAAAUACUGUUGAGCUUUGAGAAUGAUUGAAUAUUGCAUUAUUGAUGAGGUGAAUAUAGAAUUUUUAUAUGAACUUCUGGAAUUUUGAGGUCAUUUUAGGGGUGAUGUUUUUGGGAAAUGUCUCGCAAUCUGAGAGAGGUGGAGAAAUUUUUGUGGAUCCCUUGAAAUUUAUUACAAAAAAUGUCUGCACACAAGUGUUUACUCACUACUAUGAGUUGGAAAAGUUGUGGGAUAUUGGAGUGAGAUUUCUCAUGCUUGGAAGAUCAAUUAUAUUGCUAGCUCGCGACUUUUAAAACUCACAGUAGUUUCCCUUUAAUUGAUGACAUCACAGCAAUUUUGAUCAGUAUUUUACAUACCAAUUUUCCACUUUUCAAGUUUAAAAUUGAGGAGUGAAGGGUAAUUGUCAUUUUUGUGGCAAGUUUCGAGGGCCACGAGAAAGGUUUCUUGACGUUUUUCUCCGGAGUCGAUAGUUUGAGAGAGGCUUGCGAAUAAAUUCAUCUCUGAAGUGAUGGAGCAGUUGAUUCUUCUGCUCAAAUCACUUCAGAGAUGAUUAAAAACCCAGUUUUCGUUUGAUUAAGUUAUUUCCACGUUCGAUUAGUCCUACAAACCUUUGGUUAAGCUUGUAAAUUCGUUAGUUAUAAUUAGAGUAACUUAGUGUCUAGUGUAGAUACGAGACAAUACAUUAUUUCGUUUUUCAAAGAAGCAGAUUGUUCACUUUAUUCCUCACAUUCCCUUCUUUUUAUCAUAUAAAAUUUAUUCAAGGCGCAGGUAAUUAGUGUAGCCAUUAGGUGUUGUUGACAUUUGCGUAAAAAAUUGGUUUGGAGAUUGAUAAAAAUAUGGUUGGUCUGACCGUUGAUGGAGUCAUAAAGAAAUCACGACUGGCUCAGAAUGGCUUCCUUCAGUUGUCAAUAGCUCGGGAUUGGUAGAGUGAAAUUUGAAAAAUGCAUCAUUCGUUCAAGAGACAUCGAAGAUUUAGUGGAGCCAUUUUUUCUCACCCUCUCUUAAUUGCUCAAUCCGAAAAUAUCUUUCCUGAUAAAUUUUGCAUAAUUAUCGAUUUAAUGAUUAUGAACUAUUACUGCAUGAUUAACGCUUGCGUAAUCAAUCCUCCAGAUAACUCAAUCACUUGUGAUAGGGUCUCUCACUCGUCAUUAUCAUACGACUAAUUAAAGUGUAAUUAACUUUCUUACACAUAUCUGCAAAUUUAUGAAUAAUUUAAUCGUUAAAAAAUUAUAAUUUACAUCAAUCAUUCAAUUAUAAAAUUUAAUUUCACAAGCACUAGUUGAGAUAAUUUUUAGUUCCUGAAUUGUACAAUUUUUUCGUUGACUUUCGUAAUUUUUUCAUCGAAAUGUUAAUUUUUUGUAAAUCAAUUGCGAUUUAUUCGAGUUCAUUAGCUACUAUAAGGCAGAUACAAAUGAUUAAGCUAAAUACACGUGGAUUUUAACUGCGUUCCAACUAUUAAUUAAAACAUUAUCACAUGACAA